UUUCUGGAAGCAAUGAUUAGAGAAAGUCAAUUUGGUCCCCCUUUACUUUCAUUUUUGCAUUGAAGGAACACCAACUUUAUAUUAUUACUUCCAUUUUUAUUCUUUUCAUGUUAUAAACCAACUUCCCUAGCUUCCUACAUCUUCCAUUUCAACAAUUUGAGUCCAAAACACACACUUUGAUGAUGGGGAAUAACAAGUUCAAAUUUUCAGAUAUGAUACCAAAUGGUUGGUUCUACAAACUGAGGGAUAUGAGCAAAUCAAGGAAGAGAAACAAUGCCUCUCAUGUUAUCAAGAACAAGAAAGUAACAACUUCAACUUCUCAUCACUAUUUCUCCAUUGAACCAAGCAAUAACAAAGCUGGUAAGUUUCAUAACUCUCCUAUUUACACUAAACAUUCCGAUUUUGUAUUCGGCGAUUCGCCAAGAAAGUCCUCCUCAAAGAGAAAAACUAAAAGGAAAACAAUCUAUGAGCCUUCUUCGCCGCCGAUUGUUUCGUCGCCGGUGUUAGAAUCUUGGAGCUUUCAUUCUCUAGAAAAGAAUAGUCCAAAUUGGACUAAACCAAAACAUAAAACAAGAGGAUGUGAUUCUUCGUCCGAGUCUGACUGCCACGAGUUUAAUGCUCGUGGCAGCAGGCCUAAUAGAUUGGUAACCUCUGAAUGUAGCUGCAGAGUCAGUUCUUCAACCAAUGACAUCAUAAUUGACAUGAAGAGUGGAUCAACCGACGCAAUUUCGCAGUUAGGCCUUGCUCCAAUCUUGACAAAGCCGGCGAAAUUCGAAGAACAAAUCUUCAUAAGUCCAACUCAAACAUGUCUAGUAUCUCGAAAAUCCUCUGCUAAUUCUAAAGGAAUAAAGCUAAGAGUGAAUUCUCCAAAACUCGCGAACCGGAAGGUUCAAGCCUAUGCAAGAAGGAGUGUGUCCUGCAGAGGAUCAAACUCAAAGAAUGCAGGUUUUCCGGAGGGGUUUGCCAUCGUUAAGUCGUCAGUCGAUCCGCAGAAAGACUUCAGGGAUUCAAUGGUGGAGAUGAUUAGAGAGAAUCAAAUCCUUGCUUCCAAGGAUUUGGAGAACCUUCUUGCCUGCUAUCUUUCACUGAAUUCAAGUGAAUACCAUGAUCUCAUUGUUAAAGCAUUUGAGCAAAUAUGGUAUGACUUGGCUCAACUUAAAUUAUAAAGUUCCUAGAUUAUCCAAAUUCUUAUGUAUAGUACUAGAAAAAUGCAGUAGCAAGAUAUAAUUUUGUAUAAAUAAUAAGUUCAUGAUCCAUCUUCUAGUUAUUGUAUUAUGUCAAAUGUUUAUUAAAUCUCCUCCUUUCUAUGUUUUUAGAGGCUGUCUGUAAUCGAAGUAGAACAAUUUUUUCAAUUGUGUUAAUUUUAAUUCUGAAAUGUAAAUUAAAGGUG